AUGACCACCCUCAGCCACCUUCAGCAUCCGCCGCCUCCUGGUAGCAGAUUCCGGCAGCUUUCUCAGCAGAGUCCUCGAACUCUGACUUUCUUUUUCACCCACUGCAUCGGAUCACCGACAUGCCCUGCCACCUCAGACGCCACAGUGGCCACCUGCUCUGAGAUCACCACCAAUGACUUGAAGGAGAAGAAGGCAGUUGUGGAGAAGGCAGAGAAUGGAAGAGAUGCACCUGCCAGAGGGAACGCUGAUGAGGAAAAUGGGGAACAGGAGGCUGACAAUGAGGUAGAUGAAGAGGAAGAAGGUGGGGAGGAAGAAGAGGAGGAGGGUGAUGGUGAGGAAGAAGAUGGAGAUGAAGAGGAGGAGAUGGAGACAGCUACGGGCAAGUGGACAGCUGAAGAUGAGGAGGAGGAGGAUGUUGAUACCAAGGAGCAGAAGACUGGUGAGGAUGAAUACAUGAAAGAAAAUGUAAAAAGGCCACCGUGA